CUCCCUUGGAAGUCACUGACUAGCAUCGUUGAGUAUUAUUACAUGUGGAAAACCACAGACAGAUAUGUGCAGCAGAAACGACUGAAAGCGGCUGAAGCAGAAAGUAAAUUGAAACAAGUAUACAUCCCCACCUACAACAAACCAAAUCCCAAUCAAAUAUCCAUCAACAAUGGGAAACCUGCUGCAGUCAAUGGAGCAAUGGGAGCCUCUUAUCAGGCACAGGCCUCACUAAUAGGUCGGGCUUGUGAAAGCUGCUAUACUCCACAGUCUCACCAAUGGUAUUCUUGGGGUCCACCUAAUAUGCAGUGUAGAUUGUGUGCAUCUUGCUGGAUUUAUUGGAAGAAAUACGGUGGUCUGAAAAUGCCCACACAGACAGAUGAAGAUAAACUGUCUUCCAGCCAACCUACAGAGGAAUCCCAUGUUAGAACUCACAUGUCCCGGCAGGCCACACAGGGAACUCCAGUUCGUAAUACUGGAAGUCCAAAGUCGGCAGUGAAAACACGUCAAGCUUUCUUUCUUCACACAACAUGUUGGACAAAACUAGCCCGUCAGGUCUGCAAAAAUACCCUCCGGCUGCGGCAGGCAGCAAGACGUCCCUUUGUCCCUAUUAACUGUGCUGCCAUUAAGGCAGAAUAUGCAGAUCGACAUUGUGAACUUGCUGGAAAUCCUCUGAAGAUAAAAAGCACCAGAAAACCACUGUCAUGUAUCAUUGGGUAUUUAGAGAUUCAUCCUGCCGUGAAACCCAAUGUAAUCAGGUCAACGCCAAGCCUUCAGAGUCCAAGUGCAAAACGACUGCUUGCACCCUCCAAUCACUCUUCAUUAAGUAUUUUAGGAAAAAGAAACUACAGCCACCAUAAUGGUCUUGAUGAAUCAUCCAGCCAUACAACAAGAACAAUAAUGCAUGCUGCUCCUCAUGUUCAUAUGACUAAUGGUAAGGCCUUGCAAGCCAGUGCAAGUGCCAUUAAGACAAGCACCAUUCCAGUGAUCAAGAGACAGAGGCAAAAUUGGCUUGAUGCUUCAGAUGAUGGUUUCUUUAUAGCUACAGAAGAGACCAGUGCUGAAGCAGUUAGAAACCUUCUCACGGUCUUAUCGAUUCUGAUCCCCUCUACGAAGCUGGAUGCUGUGGUGAAAGGCCGUGAAUCCAAAGGCAGGCCUUUCUCCCUUCUUCAGGGGGACAGCUGUGGGAGGAACGUGGUGCUGAGCGUGCUUCUGCUGCUGUGUAAAGUGAG